AAUCGCUCGCUCACUUUUUAAGAGGAGAGGGAGAGGAGAAGGAGGAGGAGAUCAUUCGCGAGGAGAAGACGAGAUUGUUGAGUUGCGAGAAACUCCUGACGGCGUGGCGUCUUCUUUCUCCAUCCUUCUCUCUUUUUAUCCCUAAUUCCUGUUAGCAAGCGUUUUUCAAGGGUUUUGAGGAUUGGUUGGUUGGGCUUUUGGUCUGCUGUGAUUCAAUGGUUAUGGAUCGACGAGUGCACGAGCUAUCUGGUGUGGAUGGAUUGAGCUGUGAAGAUUUCUUCUCCCAUCAGAACCCCAUGGACAGUAGGGAUUUCAGGUUUAACUACACCCAACAGUCGUCCAUGGAUGGUAGCAGCUUGCAUAGUUCUAUGUUCGAUGCUUCACAUAUUUGUCCUGCUCAGAAUAACCUUAAUGAACACAAAUUUGGCGUUGCUGAGCCCAACAUAAAUCAAAGCAACCAUGCCAGUCACCUGCUCUCAGGCUCAGUAUCAGUUUCUGAUGGGAACCCUACCUCCUCCUCAAGCAGAAGCCAUGAGGGUGAUUACCCUGAAGACUCUGAGAUCUUCUCCGAUAUUGUCCUGAGCUAUAUAAGCAGGAUUCUGAUGGAGGAGGAUGUGGACGAGAAGAUAAAUCUCUUUAAUCAGGAGACUUCUGCUCUACAAGCUACAGAGAAACCUUUCUAUGACAUCCUUGGCCAGCAAUAUCCACCGCCAUCACUGGUUAAGCCGUUUUUGCAUGAAGAUAACAGAUUAGAGAGUCCGAAGGAAACUAGCUCCAGUUAUGGUGUUUUGAGCGGGGAUAGCUGUAGUAGCGGGGUUGUUGAUCCAAGCUGGAUUCAGGAUUCUUCAGAGAUGAACCAGUUCACAUUCAGCUCAUCCAGUGUAGGAAGUGUUGAUCCAUUGGAUUUUCCUAACCCGUUGAUUGAAAGUCAGCCUGCUUGGCAAUUUAAGAAAGGUAUGGAGGAGGCACAAAAAUUUCUUCCUAGUGAAAGCAAAUUGAUCAUUGAUCUUAAUAUAAAAAAAUUAUCUUUGAAUAAUGAUUUGAAAGAAAAAAGCAUCGCAUUUGAUACCGAGUAUAGAGUUGAGAAAGAACCACCAACCUCAUUGAUUGGAUCUCGGGGAAGGAAGAAACCACAAAAUGAGGAUUUGGAUUUGCAGGAAGGUAGAAACAUUAAACAGUCGGCCAAGUCCUCUGAUGAUGUUGUCCGGUCUGAGGCAUUUGAUAAGGUCUUACUUUGCCAGAAUAUGAAAUCAUGCCAAGAGAAGAAGACUAAUGAUCGCCAUGUGACAACGCAAAAUGGAGCUUAUAAAAGCUCUCAUAAUGGUCGAAAAGGUCGAAGCAAGAGGCAACAAAAGAAGGAUGUGGUUGAUCUGAGAACCCUGCUUAUCCACUGUGCUCAAGCUGUGGCUGCUGAUGACCGCCGCAAUGCCAAUGAGUUACUAAGGCAGAUCAGACAGUAUUCAUCUCCUUUCGGUGAUGGAACACAGAGAUUGGCCCAUUGCUUUGCAGAUGGGCUCGAGGCUCGGCUGGCUGGCACCGGAAGUCAAAUUUAUCACACCCUUGUUGCAAAACGAACGACCGCCACAGAUGUUUUGAAGGCCUACCAGCUUUAUCUUUCAGCUUGCCCAUUCAAAAAGAUAUCACAUUUCUUCUCCAAUCAAACCAUACUGAAUGUGUCUGAUAAGGCAACAAGGGUUCACAUCAUAGAUUUUGGUAUUUACUUUGGCUUCCAAUGGCCUUGCCUUAUUCAGCGCCUUUCAUCGAGGACUGGCGGUCCGCCAAAGCUUCGAAUCACCGGUAUUGACGUGCCUCAGCCCGGUUUUCGCCCUACAGAGCGAAUCGAGGAGACUGGCAAAAGGCUGGCUGAUUAUGCUAAGAGCUUUAAUGUUCCAUUCGAGUACAAUGCCAUUGCGUCCAAAUGGGAAACAAUACAUGUUGAAGAUUUGAAGAUCAACAAAGACGAGGUGCUUAUCGUGAAUUGCUUAUAUCGGUUCAGGAACCUGGUGGACGAAACUGUGGUCGUUGAUAGUCCUCGGAAUAAGGUCUUGAGCAUAAUCAGGAAAGUGAAUCCAGAUGUGUUUAUUCAUGGAAUUGUUAACGGCGCAUAUAGUGCUCCUUUUUUUGUCACGCGGUUUAGGGAAGCUCUAUUCCACUUCUCGUCUUUGUUCGACAUGCUGGAAACAACGGUGCCGCGAGAUGAUGCACAGCGAAUGCUGAUCGAGAGGGACCUAUUUGGGCGAGAGGCUCUUAACGUCAUAUCGUGCGAAGGUUCAGAGAGGGUCGAGAGGCCGGAGACCUACAAGCAAUGGCAGGUGAGGAAUCUGAGGGCUGGGUUUACUCAACUUCCACUCGAUGCGGAGAUCAUGAAGAGGGCUAAGGACAAGGUACAAGGUUGUUAUCACAGGGAUUUCGUCAUUGAUCAGGAUAGCAGAUGGCUGCUCCAGGGUUGGAAAGGGCGCAUUAUAUAUGCAAUAUCCACAUGGAAACCCAGUGAAAAGUGGUAGCUUUUGUUUUAUUACUGAAUCUGAGAGUUUAAACAAUUGUUAACCAUUGCAGAUUAUUGUGCAGGCCAUGUGACUUUCGCUUGUUUUUCACAUGCAAAUUACGAUGUAUGCAGUUUUAACUUUAGCCGCUUUAACUUUUGAUCUGUUUUGUAAUAUCAUAUUAUUAAUAUAUGUUAGCUGUUUAGUUCUACUGCCAAAGUAAUUAGCUUAAAAAGAAGG